CCCACCCCUUCUCUCUCUCUCUCCCUCACACACAAAAGCACUCAUCCACGGUGGCCACCACCACUGCCAUGGCUUCUCCGGCGUAUUCGGCAUUGAUCACGCCACUCGUGAUAUCAGCGCUCCUUCACUUCAUAGCAGCUCAACCACCGCCGGCAAAGGCAUCGUCGCCUUCGGUUCCAUCCCCACGGGCUCCGGGGUGCGUUGGUGAGUUGGUCCUGUUCUCUCCAUGCCUAUCUUUUGUUUCGUCCCCGCCGAACAACCUCUCUAAGACUGCCCCAUCCAAGUGCUGCGAUGCGUUCAUUGCGGCGAUGAACUCCGGCGACGGUCCGUGCCUCUGUUACCUUCUACGUCAGCCUCGAAUGCUUGGAUUUCCAGUCAAUGGGAACAGAGUUCUUUCUUUGUCUUCGCUAUGUUAUCCCGACGAGUCCUCCAGGAGAGGCAAUUUGCAGGCGCUGUGCUCCGGGUCUUCUCAAGCACUGCCACCAUUUCAGAAUGGAACAGUAUCGGGGGUUUCAAACUCUUCUCACCCUGGUCCUAAUAAUAACCAGUCAACCCCCUUUCCGAGCUUGCCACCAAAAUCUAAUAACUCAAGAACUCCAUCAAGUUUUCCAUUAGAUUCUGAGAACUCGAGUACAAAAGCAAGUCCACCAGUGGAAAUCGGCAAGGGGCCACAAACGCCGUCAGAGGCACCAAGUUCAGUAGUUGCAGAUCAGUUGUCCGGCAACUUCAACUCUAAGUCUCAAAAGGGCUUGCUGGUUUUUCUUUUCAUCAUCAUGCAUACAUCAGCAUACAACCAUUUUUAAACAUUGUUUUCCAUCAUUGAUCUUUAAUUUUUAGCAAAUUAGAUUAGCCUGUUCUUUCUUUUG